UACUCCAAAACCCCAGGCCGAGGGCACAAAACCCACAAUCCACACCGCUGGAGCUGGACUUGCACAGUGACACAGAAUGGAGUUUCAAAAGAGGAAGUCCGCCGCCCUUGCCGCCAUGAACUCGCCGGCGCCCGACAAAUCCCCCAAAGGCACCGUAGACGCGCCAAUCAUCCCUCUGUUAACCGCCAUCAACUCCCAUCCCUCUUACUUCACCACCAGUUCCUGCUCCGGUCGCAUCACUAUACUCUCUCAGCCCACUGCCUCUCCCUCUGCAUCCAAGAAAAAAGCCAGGGGAGGCUCCUGGCUCUUCGUCUCACACGAUCCGGUUAACCCCUCCUCCGUGGUCACCCUACUUUUCCCCCCGUCAGCGACGCCCGCUCAGAGAGAUUCGGAUGAAGAGCCUAGGCUGAGUGAGAGCAUUGUGUUCAGGUUUGAACCAUUGAUAAUAGCCGUGGAGUGCGAAAAUGUUGAGGCUGCUCAGUCAUUGGUUUCUCUUGCUAUUUCUUGUGGGUUCAGAGAGAGUGGGAUUACGAGUGUGAGCAAGAGAGUCAUCAUUGCAAUAAGGUGCUCCAUACGUUUGGAAGUGCCCCUGGGGGAUACAAAGAGGCUUAUGGUGUCUCCAGAGUAUGUGGAGUAUCUUGUUGAGGUUGCUAAUGAGAAAAUGGGGGCUAACAGGAAAAGAACUGAUCUUUUUCUUAUUAAGCUGAUUAAUAAUUCGUUUGCUGGACAUGAGAUUCGAGUGAAUGGUGAAAUGAACAUCGACCCUGCUGAAACAUUAGCAGAUGCGAACAAGUUUGGAUUUUUGGGGAAUCUUGUGGAGAAUGGAGUGAAGGACCUGGAGGCAGAGUUGGGUUCUGAAAGCAAACAUAAGCAUAACAUCGAUGAUGGAUCCAUGGAAGUAGUGGGUAUCAGUCUGUCUGCUCUCGAGGUAGUUGGUGAACCUGUUGAGAGGCUGUUCUUGUGGGGUCAUUCUGCAUGUACCCUAAACCAAAAAAAGAUUAUCAUUUUUGGUGGCUUUGGAGGCAUUGGAAGACAUGCACGCAGAAAUGACCUCUUGCUUCUUGAUACAGAAUCUGGAAUUAUGGAGACAAUUGCUGCUACAGGAGCACCAUCUCCACGAUUAGGUCACACAUCGUCUGUUAUAGGAGAUUUCAUAUAUGUGAUUGGCGGCCGAGCCGACCCAGUGAAUAUAUUGAAUGAAGUUUGGGUGUUUAAUAAUGCAAAGAAAGAGUGGAAACUUUUGCGAUGUGCUGGCACUUUGUUCCCUCCUAGGCAUCGGCAUACUGCAGCUGUUGUUGGUUCAAAGAUAUAUGUGUUUGGUGGGAUUGAUAACGAUGCAGUUUUAUCAUCACUGUAUGUCUUUGACACAGACACCUCCGAGUGGUCAGAGAUAGAAAUUCGAGGAGACCAACCUGGUCCUCGUCAUUCACACUCAAUGGAUGCAAGUGGAUCAAAGUUAUAUAUCUUUGGUGGUUACAACGGAGAGAAAGCUCUUGGGGAUCUGCACAGUUUUGAUAUCAAAACAGGUCUUUGGAGGAAGCUAAAGACAAAUGGGCCAUCACCAAAUGCUAGGUUUUCGCACUUGAUGUUUAUUUAUUCUAACCAUCUUGGUAUUUUUGGGGGCUGCCCCGUCGUUGACCAUCUGAAAUUGUCUUUGUUUGACCUUCAGUCUGAGUCUUGGAAAAAUAUAGUGGUAAAGUCUAUUGAAAAAGGCCUUUUUGUACGAAGCACAGCCAAUGUUGUUGGUGAUGAUCUGAUAAUAAUUGGUGGUGGAGCAUCAUGUUAUGCAUUUGGCACAAAGUUCAGUGAACCAAUGAAGAUUAACCUGCUUCAGUUAAUGUCCUUACGUGAUAAUACUGUACCUACAGCUAUUGGAGAAAAGCAUGUGGAUUACCAGACGGAGCAGAGGAGUAAUACCCUUCAAUAUUCUCAGAAUAUAAAUGAACAAAAAGUUAUUGCGGAUAAUGACCUAGAGUUUGAGUUUGAAGACCCAGUGGUAGCUAGUGGAGGCUUGGAUUUAGGCCUGCCUUGUGUUCUUCGGUUAGAAAAACAAUAUGCGAAAUUGGGGAAGGACAUAUUGAAAAAAUUCGGGUGGUUAGAUCUUGACAGGAAGGUUUAUUCUCAGGCUGAUGGCAUGCAUAUCUGUCUUCCUAUUACUGAACGAUUCUGCACUAUAUUUGAGGAUAAACAGGACUUGGGAGAUAAAUUUGAACCACUAACUGAUCUUCAGUCCUUGAAGCCAUCCACGUGGCAGAUCUGGUUGGAAGACACAUCCAGUUCAGCGGCUAUGAAUCUUCUAAUAACAUGUCGUGCAACUAAAAUUGUGGAUAACGUUAUGAAAGUCAAGAAAACUCCAAUCUCUCCUUUCAAAGUGAUGAAGGAGGCUGUAGCCACUUUGUUGAAUCAUCAUGAUCUGCCAUCAGAACUUCUAGAACAACUUCCAUCAAGAUGGGAGCGACUAGGGGAUAUCAUUGUGCUCCCUGUAUUCUCCUUCAAGGAUCAAGUGUGGGACUCAAUUGGAAAGGAGCUUUGGCCUCUUGUUGCAGAGUCACUUGGGGCCCGUCGUCUUGCCCGACAAGGCCGAAUUGCACAAACUGGAACAAGAGACAGCAAGUUAGAGAUUCUUGUUGGAGAUAAUGGCUGGGUUGAUCACCGUGAAAAUGGCAUAGUGUAUUCUUUUGAUGCAACGAAGUGCAUGUUCUCUUGGGGCAAUCUUUCUGAGAAGCUGCGCAUGGGCCAUUUUGAUUGCAAAGAUCAAGUAAUUGUGGACUUGUUUGCUGGUAUAGGAUAUUUUGUACUCCCAUUUCUGGUGAGGGCCAAUGCCAAGAUGGUGUAUGCUUGCGAGUGGAACCCCCAUGCUAUUGAGGCCAUCCGUCGUAAUCUUGAAGCUAAUUCUGUGGCUGAUCGUUGUGUUGUGCUGGAAGGGGAUAAUAGAGUUAUGGCUCCUAAGGGAGUUGCGGAUCGAGUCUGUCUUGGUCUCCUGCCGUCAAGUGAGUGUAGUUGGGUCACUGCAGUCAGAGCCUUAAGAGAUGAGGGUGGAAUGUUGCAUAUCCAUGGGAAUGCGAAGGACACUGAGGAGGGGUUAUGGACAAAGCAUGUUGUUCAAUCCAUUUCCGACAUUGCGAAAUCAGAAGGUCGUUCCUGGGAGGUUUCAAUUGAUCAUGUCGAGAGAGUAAAAUGGUAUGCUCCGCAUAUUCGCCAUCUCGUAGUUGACGUGAAAUGCAAACAAACGGAUUGACGCAUGGUGUCAUGCGUUCAAUUCCU